AUGAUACCGUGCAGAUAUAUUCUCGGUCAGGGGUUGAGGAGACAGGCGAGGCACUAUGUUGGACGUAGUGGUAUUGUGUUUAGGGCCGCAGCUUCACAGACAGCUACUACGAAGAAAAGUACUCAUGUCAAUCAGAAGUUGAAAGAUAUCACUGACCAAAUCCAACAAACUCUAGUCUCCAAUGAUACAAAGGAAAUAAAAAAUAUCAUUGAAGAGGGAAUCACUUUUCUAAACCAAGUUCAGAAACAAGAGUUUAUAUCGGAACAGAGUCUAGCUAAUGCAUUUACACCAUUAGCUACCGAGCUAUUUGAAAUGGUCAAGUCCAAAAACGAAGCUGAUUUGGAACUGCUCGUCGAGUUUUUCAUUGAGCAUCGUAUUGCACAUCCAUACCACUUCACCGAGCUUGCCGCAUCAUGGCUCAGGCACGAGCCCUCUAUACCACUGCUGAAUCUUGACAAAGUGAUACAACUAUGGGUCAAGUAUAUUGAGUAUAAAAGUGCUAAUCAAGUGUACUUUCCUGCUGCUGAAUCGCUCACCAAAAAGCCAAUCAACUACCAGCCAUUCUACUUCACUAACCUUGCAUACUAUGCAUAUGUGUUAUCGUGUUUGCAGCAAGGAGUGGCCUUCGACAGAGACACCGCUACAAAGUUCUUGAUGAGAGAUAGGGUCCCCACGUACCAACAAGUUCGUGUCACUUUAGAGCAAAACAAUAUCUUUUCCCGAACCGAGUUUGGCCGAUUUGUAAACUACUUGGAGGAAGAUAGAAAACAGAAGAUAGACCCCAACUCUUCUAGCAUGAUCACUAGGAUUCACAAUGCCUCUGAUAAAAGAUCGCUCGAUAAUCUCUAUGCUGAGAUUGUCGAGAUAUCAAAGCAACGUGACUUGAAGAUCGAAGAGAGGAUAUUGGUUCAAUUUAUGGAAAGCUAUUUCUACCUCGACGAGUACGACGAGGUGUUCAGUAUGUUUCAGAACAUCAUCAACUCAGGCAUUGCUCCUUCCAUCGGAGCAUGGAACGUGGUUCUUCGCGGUAUGAUAAACCCCAAUAGGUUCCUGCGUGCAUCCACUGAGCAAAGAAAAGAGUUUAUCAAGGCGUUUGAAAGAACACUCGCUACCAUCAAGGCAAGCAAACUAGACUUUAACGCUGAGACCUUGGGUGCCAUCAUCAGCUCGUACGCCAUAGCCGACAAAUUCGAUGUGGCAGAAGAGUACGCUAAAAAGUACGACAAACUAGGAAUCACCAGCACUGCCAAAGAUGGAAUACUAAGAGGAUUGAUAUUCAACGGAAGGAUCAAAGACGCAGAGUCCAAGUUGAAAGAGUAUGUCAACGAGAAGGAUGGGUACAGGCCAAAAACAAAUUUGAUGAACGACUUCCUCAACUACUAUGCAAAAAGGAAAAACUAUAAUGCCAUCUUUGCCAUCAACGACUUUAUGCAACAAAACAAAAUUCCCGAAAAUGUAUCAACAUUGACAACCAUAACCAAUGCAUAUGUCAGUGCUCUUGUUGAAAAGGGAAGAAGUCCCAACCUCGCCGUUUUCUUAAACAGUUUAAAGGGGUCUGCCACAAAGUUGAAUGACUACACUUUCUCCUCUGUGCUUAAUGGGUUGAUUCAAUCUGCAAACAUCCAAGCGGCAAGAGAAUUGUACCGUGUGUUGCAUUUGCGGUACCCCAGAUCCGCAUGGAUCCAUAGUAACAUGUUGACUGCAGAGUUGACCCUUGGUGAUAUUACCACUGCAGAAGCAAUCUUUCUCCACUACUUGAAGGAAAUCAGAAACGAUACAAUCAUUUGGAACACAAUGAUCAAGAACUUGCUACCGCGUAAUGACAAGUUGGCCCUAGAGUAUUAUGAGAAACUCAAAUUACAAACUAGUGCCUCCCCAAAUAGAUACACCUACUACUUCUUGUUUGACCAUUUUGGCAAAAGGGCAAACAAAGAUGUGAUUCGUAUGCUUCUUGGUGAUUUGGCAAAAACUCCUCUAAACGAGUAUGGUGAACAGUUGAGUAAACUCUUGAGUCAAAUCAAUGCAACCCUUGUAUAA